AUGUCGGAUAAGAAAGUCUCUGCGAAGGAUGUCUUUACUGUCUUUGAGAACGGGGGUGGGUGGCCCAGUACGACGAUGUCAGUCUUUGUCGGCACCGACUGCGCUGUCCAUAUGGCCGAGGAAAUCCACUCCGCUACUACCGUAAUACCAUGGUGUCUCGUCACUACAACCCUUCUGAACGGCAUCCUCGGCUUUGGUAUUCUGCUUGCUGUCUUGUUCGUUACAAUCGACAUUGACUCGGUGCUCGAAUCCUCCACUGGUGAACUUGGUUUCCCCUUCAUGCAGAUCUUCUACGACGCUACGGGCUCCCUCGCUGGUGCUACGAUCAUGGUCUGCAUCAUCAUUAUCAUGAUGAUAUGCGCUGCCAUAGCGUUCUUGGCAACCUCUUCACGGAUCGUGUUUGCGUUUGGUAGAGAUAGAGGCCUGCCAUUCUGGAAGACGAUGAGUACGGUUUCCAGUGCAGCAAUACCAUUGUAUGCGAUUGGGGUGAUGAGCCUCGUGAGUUGCGUCAUUGGUCUUAUAAACAUUGGGAGCGCGACGGCAUUCAAUGACGUUAUUUCCGUGGGGGUCAGCAGCCUCUAUGCUUCUUAUGUUUUGACAGAGAUGUUGUUACUUUGGCAUCGCAUAAGGGGCACCAUAAGACUUCCGGGGCAAAUGGCAGGGACGACCUGGAAUGCUAAUGAGCUUGUGUGGGGACCAUUCCGGGUGCCAGGCAUUUGGGGGACUUUGCUGAACGGUAUGUCCAUCCGCUUCCUGCUGUAG